GUUGCUGCCACCAUCUUUAGCAUGCUGGUGAAACUCCGUUCUCAGAAAUCGAACUAUUUGCAAAUGAUGAUGGGGCUUCAUUUGCAUGCCUCGGGAUGUCCGAAGCGUGUGAUAAAUUUGCUCGCUGCGUCUGGUAUGUCAGUGUCGCACAUGACGAUCUGCACAGCCCUUAAAUCAUUAACGGCGAAUUCACUCGAGGAAGUCCGCUUCCAAGUUAAGAAACGCCAUUUUUUCCUAGUGUAUGAUAAUAUCAAUAUUGCUAAUCGGAAGUAUGACCAGCGCAGUAAUAACUUGGACUCCUUCGACAAUGGGACCACCUCAACCAUCGUACUUGGUGAAGAUAUUGACCCAGACCAAGAUGUAACCGUCCCCCCUACCAUUUCCACCUUUCUUCUCGAGCAAUUAGAUGUCAUACAAUUCCAUUUGAUUGAUGUACUUCAGCGACAUUUCGUUACCUACGGUACCCCGAUCAGCAUUCCUUCAGUGGAGCCCCUCGAAGUCCAGGAAACUAAGACAUGCCCGUUGCGUUCGUUGGAAAUUGACCAGGCUACUAUAUCGGGCAACAUUGAGGUCCUUGAGAAAACUAUGAGAGACGUCCUUCAGUUGCCUGAAGAGUGGUUCAACGAUUAUACGAAAAUCAUAGUUGCGGGGGAUCAGCUUACGAUAUCCAGAAUAAUAUCCUUGCAAGAAUUACGUGCAGCCGAUACAACAAGCUUCAGUCGGAUGCAAUGGGCGCUUCCUCUAAUACAGCUCUUUCACCUUCAGAUGGUUCUCUGCGGUACAAUCCUUCGUACUCAUUAUGGAUCCUUUUCGUCUCCAGGGUCACUAGGUUUUAUUAUAUCUAUGCUGGAACGCAAGCGUCUAGGUAUGGAUACAUCAAAUUUUCACGCCGCAGACGAGCUAAUAAGGCACACUUUCGAUGCAAUGGUCAGGCGACUAUGGGAGGUCGAGUUUAGGCUGGAAAUCAGCGAUAUGAGAGCUUAUGAAUUCGCCAUGGAAUACAGCAAUGCGAACGCGAACGCGGUCUUGUUCCUCAGAGACACCCUUGCUUAUAUUGAGUUGGGUGCUGCCAUCAAGGCCGGGGAUGUUGGGCGGAUAAAAAAUGUGUUGGAAACAAUAACUGUCAUGUUUCAAGCUGGAGGAAUGAAGAAUUAUGCGAGGGAGCUCUUGCGGAAGGCCGUUUUAGCUUCAUUGCUGAUAAAUACGAAGGGCAAGGAGAAUGCAUGGAUCCCAACGGAUUUGUAUCAGGAGCAUAAUAAU